UUGUGUGGAGACGCCAUGGCGGAAGACCCGGCUCUGUCCGUGCGGGUCUCGGACCUCCGGGACCCGGAUGUGCUCUUCGAGCGCCACGACACGGCGGAGAUCCGCGCCGUGGAGCGGCGGGUCCGCGCGGACAUCGAGCACAAGAAGGAGGAGCUGCGGCAGAUGGUGGGGGAGCGCUACCGGGACCUCAUCGACGCGGCCGACACCAUCGGGGAGAUGCGGCAGUGCUCCGCAAGCGCGCUGACGGCCGUGCAGGACAUGCACCGCUACUGCCUCAAGCUGAAGCAAGGCAGCCCCGGCAGGCAGCAGGUCCAGAGCCAGUGGCAGGAGAAGUUCUACGUCAUGGCGUCCCAGAUCAAGCUCCUCCUGGAGAUCCCGGAGCGCAUCUGGAGCGCCAUGGAGGCGUCUCAGUACCUGCAGGCCACGCAGCUCUACCUGCUGUGUGUCCACCUGCACGGCCUGCUGCAGCUGGAGGCCGCGGCGGGGGGGGGCCUCUACGGCCCCGUGCUGGCCCGCUUCCCCAUCCUGGUGCGGCAGGUCGCCACCACGGGACACUUCAGGUCCACCAUCCUCCUGGACAGCAGGUCUCUGCUGCGGGGCCGGGCCGUGUCGGACCGGGCCAUCGCCGAGGCCCUGGUGGCCACCAUGCUGCUGGAGGGCAGCUCGCCACGCCAGGCCCUGGCGGACUUCCUGCUGGCCCGGAAGGCCUCCAUCCACCAGCUGCUCAACCAACCGCAGCACGGUGCGGGGAUCAAGGCCCAGGUGUGCAGCCUGGUGGAGCUGCUGGUCACCACUCUGUUCCAGGCCUACGCCGUCUUCUACCUACCCCCAGAGGGGGGGCCCCGGCCGGGGGAGGGGGCUCUGAGCUGUGGCAUGCUGUUUGCUACACUGGAGAACGUCACCUCCACCUCCCACGCAGCUCGAGACCGGAAGGUUCUGCAGGAGGAGACGAGCACCGGCAGCUGGUUCAGGUACCUGCCUCCCUCCAUCACGGAGUUCCAGCCCGUCCUCCGCAGCCUGGCUCAGCCAAUCCAGAGAGAGCAGCUCCGGGACACCCUGACGCAGUGGAUCGACAACUGUAAGGAGGACAUCUGCCGCGGCGUGAGCGGCCUGCUGGUCUACGUGAAGAGCCUGAAGGGGCUGGCGGCCAUCAGAGACUCUGUGUGGGACCUCCUGUCCACCGAGUCCAUCAGCCAGCACUGGGGCGCCGUGUGCCAGCGGCUGCUGGAGCGCCCCCUGGCUGUGUGGGAGGACUUCCUGCAGCAGCUCUUCCUCCAGCGCCUGCAGGCCAUCACCAAAGAAGAAACUGAAGCCAUCUCCACCAGCUCCGUCCAGCUCCUCUCCUCGGCGGUGAGGGAUCUCCAGACCCUCCACGGGCCUUCGGCGCGCGGGGCCCAGUACGAGGUGGACGUGGCCUCCUUCCUGUGGUCGGAGUCUCCGGGCGACCUGCAGAGCGACGCGGGCUGGGUCAGCGUGAGCCAGCGGGGGCAGCAGCACCAGAGGAGCAGCCUGGCCAUGAAGACCCAGGCCCUCACGCCCUGCGUCCAGAACUUCUGCUCCUCCCUGGACGCCAAGCUGAAGGCCAGGCUGGAGGACCUGCAGCACUACCUCCCCUCAGACUCGGGUGAGGCCAGGCUGUCGUUGGGACGUCUUCCUUAUGGGUCUGACGCCAGCUCCGCCCCCUUCACUGCUCCCAGUGAGAGUUCCUCCUCUUUUAACCGCUUCACGGACUCUCCGGCCGUGGAGGACGCUCUGCGCGGCGGCUGCGUGGCGUGCGUCCGCCACAUCCUGUCCUCCGUCCGCUCUGAGCUGGCCUCGGCCUCCCCUGAACCCGACCCCGCCCGCCUCGGUUCGGUCCUGUUCAUGGCCCGGCUGUGCCAGUCCAUGGGGGAACUCUGCCCCAACCUGAAGCACUGCAUCCUGGGAAAACAGAGGGGUUCCGAGGCCACGGCGAAAGGGACCUCCAGGCAGUGCAAGAAGUUGGGCAAAGCCAGGACCGCCACGGAGGUCCUGCCCACCCAGGCCAAGUGGGCCGGUCUGAAGGAGGAGCUGCUAGCCUGCAGCAUGGAGGCGUACCGCAUCUGGAGCUCCGCCCUCUCCAAGGAUCUGCUGGAUAAGUUCGGCACCGCGCUGCACGCCGAGUCUGCCGGUGCCAUCCUGUCCGAAGCAACCAGCUGGGAGGACCUGGAGAUCCAGGAGGAGGCAGAGUCGGGCAGCAGCGUCACGUCCAACAUCAGUCUCCCGGUCCAGGCGUCGUGGUUCGUGCAGUCGCUGCUCUUCCAGCUGUGUGUGGCCGUGAACCGGGUGGGGGGCCACGCGCUGCCCCGGCCCACCCUGCAGGAGCUGCUGCACACCUGCCUGGCUCAGGUCCUGCACCACUACCACAGCCUCACACUGCGGCCCCCCGACAAGGAGGGCGUGUUCCCCAUGACUCAGAACCGAGCCCUGCAGCUGCUGUUUGACCUCCGGUACCUGAACACCACGCUGGGCAGCAGGGGGGAGGAAGGAAAGAGCUCCCGCACCCACCAAGACCCCAGGUUCCUCGAGGUCUGUGAUUGGCUGGAGGGCUUCAUCGACCCCUUUGACCUGGACGUGUUCACGGCGCCGCUCAACACCAACCUGAACCGCCUGAGCCAGAGGACUUCGGUGCUGCUGGGCCUGCUGACGGGCUCCGAGAGGCAGUUCGCCCCGAGGAGCAGCACCGUGACCUCCAAGGAGCCCUUCAACAUCCUGCCGCUGGCCAGCAGCCAGGUCAGGUUCGGGCUGUUGCCUCUCAGCAUGUCCAAUGUGCGUCAGUCCAAAUCCGCCUCCAGGAGUUCUGAUGCUCAGCAGCUGCAGGCCCCUCCCCCUCCCUCCUCCUCAGCCGGCGGCGAGGACGGCUUCCGGCCCGGCAGCCGGUUCCGACAGCUGGCGGAUCAGGAUGAAGACGCCGCCACGCCGUCUCUGUUCCGGCUCAGCUGGCUGUCCGGCAUGGCCAAGUGACACCGAGCGGCUUCAUCUGACUUGUAGACACUUUAUAAAAAAUACAUGUGUGGUAAAAAUGAGUUUGUCUUUCCUCGUGUGAGUUCAUGAACCUGAUCAACUGACGCAGACGGCUCUGCUAUGAGCCUUUGACCUUUGACCUUAACGUUUUAUAAGGUUAGACUGUAAGCUUUGGAAUUCUCAUUGUUUGUUUAAAUAAUAAAUGUUCUCAUGUAUUCA